UCUCACUGUCAACAACAUCCCAUUCUGAAGACACACUCAUCACAGCUGAGAGCAGGGAGUCAGUUUGAGAUCUAGAAACAUUUGAAUCUCCUUCAAAGGCACAAAAUCCAGAAGAGAAAAAUGAAGACAGGACAUUUUGAAAUGGUCACCAUGCUUCUGGCAGCCAUGAUUCUAAUGGACAUCUUCCAGGUGAAGGCUGAAAUGUUGGACAUGGCUGAUAAUACAUUUGAUGAUGAAUACCUGAAAUGUAUUGAUAGGAUGGAAACGAAAUAUGUUCCUCAACUGCUCACAGAGGAAAAAUCAACCCAUCAGCUCUUACAGACUGUGUGGGAAAAUGCAAAAGCCAAAUGGGAAGCCCAGAAAGCUCAGCUCUUUCUUCCUUUGAAUUUUAAGGAUAACCAUGGAAUAGCCCUGACAGCGUAUGUUUCUGAAUAUCAACAGCAAACUCCUUUUUACCAUCUCUUCAAUGAAGCUGUGAAGAUGGCCGGGAAAUCUCGAAAAGCUUAUAUCUAUGACUUCCAGUUCAAAGCUUUUCAUUUUUACCUGACAAGAGCCCUGCAGUUGCUGAGAAGACCUUGUGAGGAAAGUUACAAAAAUGUGGUGUAUAGAAUAAGCCAGGACACUUCAUUUACAUUUGGAGAGCUAAACCAAGCCAGGCUUAGCAAUUUCACAAUGGCAUACUCAGCCAAACCUCAAACAGUUGAUGAGCAACAAAUUGUGUUAACCAUCCACACAUGCUUUGGAAUUGCUGUUGAAAAGUUUUUUGAUAAAGAAAAUGAAAAAAUUACUUUAAUACCUCUGAGUGAGGUUUUCCAGGUUUCACGGGAAGGGGAUAGCAAUAAUCUUAUCCUUCAAAGCACAAACAAGACCUGCAGCCAUUAUGAGUGUGCGUUUCUAGGUGGACUGAAAACUGAAAAUUGCAUCGAGAACUUAGAAUAUUUUCAGCCCAUCUACAUCUACAACCCUACUCCUGUUCCAGGUCCUGUUCCAGGUCCCGAAACCAAUCCUUCUGCAUCCUCUGUCAAAAGGCUUCUUCCACCAUUUGGGACAUUCAUCAUUUUAAUCAGUGCUUCUGCUGUAAAUCUUUUUGUUGCUCCAUAGUUUGAUACAGUCUUUAUCUUUCUUAUUCUUUACUUGAAAUACACUACAGGGAUCCUAUAGGAGAUCAAAAGGAAUGAUGUAUUUUUCACUUGUUGGCCAAAGCCACUUUAUAAAAUGAGAACUGUAUAUUUGUUAUUUGUUUUGCAAUUCAGAAAGUUGGUCCAGAUAUAAUGUCACAGAAUUAACUUUUCUUUUAUUUCUAUAUUAAUCUUAUUUUUAAAAAACAAAACUGUACUUCUGAUUGGAUUCAAUAAAAGACUUUAAUAUUA